AUGACCGUCAUCCCCACCUACCACGGCUACAUUGGUCUGACUGCCGACGCCAUGCUCGUGGUGCAGCAGGUGCUAGCCCGCAAGUUGCCCGCGGUGUACCAGCGGCCGCUGCCCACCGAACGCUCCCAGUUGAUCUGUCUGGGCAACGUGUUUGUGUUUGUUGAACGCCACCUGGGCAUCCGCCGCUGGACCGAUGGCGUCCUGUGGCUGCUGCUGCGGAUCGUGGGCCGGUUCCUUGUCUACCGCACCAAGCACGACGACUCGCCCCUGCCCCUCGCCACCGUCACCGAAGACGUGCUGAACGACCACCUGCUCAUCAAAAAGCUGCUUUCCAUCACCACCACCACCGCCGACCUCAACUUCUCCGGCGAGGCCAAGCGCGAUACCAUCCACUUGGUGCUGUACUAUACCCCCCACGACGUCGUCACCGGCAAAUUGAGCCGCCCCGUCGAGGACGCCCAGUUCAGCGACGUCGUCAUCCGCGACCUGUUGCGCCAGGCGCUCCGAGACUCGAAGUUCGGCAAGCGGGUCGCCGACAACCAGGGCGCCUACACUUACGUCGAUGCUAACCACGACGUCAAAGAGAUGGUGAUGCCGUACCCGCCGCUUAAACGCCACAAGCUGGCACCACCGCUGCUGUUUACCAACGUCGGCAACCUCACGCCCCCGACACCGUACCCGCUGGCGCCGGGGAGCGACGAUAUCACCGCCUUUGCCGAUAUCGCUGAGGAGCCGUGGCCGCUUGCGCCUACGUUUGAUUUUACCUUCCCUGCCACCCCCGCCACCACCGUCGCUCCCGAUAACGCCAUUGCCACCGUCACAGAUACUACGUGGAGCCAGCUCCCCCCGCUAACGGCGGCGCCGGUGCUUUUAAAACACGCGCCCCAGCUAGCCGACUUUGGCUUUUUAGACGAGGUGCUCGGCCACGACGGUUAA